AUGGGGACUAAAGAUCAUGACCCAUUACAAAACGGCAAAUGCAACAGUCUACAGCUGAAAAUUAUUGCUCUGAACUCCACUUUUUGUGUUUAUAAUUUGCUAGUGCCAUCUUUCUGGGGACUAGUUAACACUGCCUGGAACCUGUGUGCGAUUGGGAAGAGACAGUCGCCGGUCAACAUCGAAACCAGUCGAAUGAUUUUUGACCCCUUCCUCAAUCCGCUUCGGCUCAAUGCAGGGCAACGUAAGGUCAGUGGAACGAUGUAUAACACGGGCCGACAUGUGUCCCUGCGCCCAGACAAGUCGCACCUGGUGAACAUCUCUGGCGGGCCGCUGAGCUACAGCUACAGGCUGGAGGAGAUCCGGCUUCACUUUGGCGCAGAGGACAGUCGGGGCUCCGAGCACCUGCUCAACGGCCAGGCCUUCCCUGGAGAGGUGCAGCUCAUCCAUUAUAAUCAGGAUUUGUAUUUAAAUUACAGUGAUGCCGUCCGGAGUCCUAAUGGAAUAGCAGUUGUUUCUAUCUUCAUAAAGAUUUCAGAGCCUACAAAUGUAUUUCUAAACCGCAUGCUGAACAGAGAGACCGUCACGCGGAUUACAUAUAAACAUGAUGCAUACUUACUGAUGGGGCUCGAUAUUGAGGAGCUGUAUCCCGAAACCUCCCGCUUUAUCACAUAUGAAGGGUCGAUAACUAUUCCACCGUGCCUUGAGACAGCAACCUGGAUAUUGAUGAAUAAGCCAAUUUACAUCUCACAGAUAGAGAUGCAGUCCCUUCGUCUCCUCAGCCAGAACCAGCCGUCUCAGAUCUUCCUCAGUAUGGGUGACAACAUGCGGCCGACGCAGCCACUGCACCAGCGCUGCAUCCGCACCAACAUCAACUUCAGUCAGAGACGGGACUGUCCUAACAACCGUGUGCUGAGGCCGCAAUACAGAGUGAAUGAAUGGCUUCUGAAAUAACAGCUUGACGUGGAUUAGUUACUACAACGAUCUGGUAACAGCUGAAGAAUAUGGCCAACAGAGCGAAAAAUGGGUUACAUACAAUGAGAUGAAGAAAACGGACUUAACAGAGGACUCUACAAUAAAAAAAAUCUCUAUAUAUAAUUACUUUUAAACUUGUUUAUAUGUUUCUAACAAUAUAUUUCAAAGACAUUGAAAGCAGUUGCUAAGAGUAUUGCGUCAGACAGGUCUGGGUCUCAGUGACACUGGGUCUUGAGGUACUGUCUGCUCUUCUUCUUUGCAUCUGAACAGCAGGUGCAAUCAAGCCUUGUUGCAGCGAAUGGAAAACUACGUUUGCUCUAUGCACAGUGAUUUGAUCUUUACUUUGACAAGAGGCAAACAAAAGGAUUUCAAGCCUAUAUUUUGGACUAUUCGGAGCAUGUU